ACCCGGCUGCGGCGAGGACAGGAGACCCCGCGCUGUGGUGGCCGGGAUGUCCUCCUCCGUGCAGGCUCUGGGCAAGCCCAGGUCCCCAGGCUCUGGCAUGGCAGGGCAGGCGGGCUGCUGCUCGGCGGCAGCCCUGCAGAGGCGGCUGCCCAUCCUGGCCUGGCUCCCCGACUACUCUGGGCAGUGGCUGAAGAUGGACUUCAUCGCGGGGCUCUCGGUCGGGCUCACGGUCAUUCCACAGGCGCUGGCCUAUGCCGAGGUGGCCGGACUCCCACCCCAGUACGGCCUCUACUCUGCCUUCAUGGGGUGCUUCGUGUAUUUCUUCCUGGGCACCUCCCGGGAUGUGACUCUGGGCCCCACGGCCAUCAUGUCCCUCCUGGUCUCCUUCUACACCUUCCAUGAGCCCGCCUACGCCGUGCUGCUGGCCUUUCUGUCAGGCUGUAUCCAGCUAGCCAUGGGGUUCCUGCGUCUGGGGUUCCUGCUGGAUUUCAUUUCCUGCCCUGUCAUCAAAGGCUUCAUCUCUGCUGCCACCAUCACCAUCGGCUUCGGACAGAUCAAGAACCUCCUGGGACUGCAGGACAUCCCCAGGCAGUUUUUCCUGCAGGUGUAUUACACCUUCCUCAACAUCGGAGAGACCAGGGUGGGGGACGCCGUGCUGGGGCUGGUCUGCAUGGUGCUGCUCCUGGUGCUGAAGCUGAUGAGAGACCACGUGCCUCCUGUCCACCCUGAGAUGCCCCCGGGUGUGCGGCUCAGCCAUGGGCUCGUUUGGACGGCCACGACAGCUCGAAAUGCCCUGGUCGUCUCUUUUGCUGCCCUGGUUGCAUACUCCUUCGAAGUGACUGGAUACCAGCCCUUUGUUCUUACUGGGGAGAUAGCCGAGGGGCUCCCUCCUGUCCGGACCCCUCCUUUCUCAGUGACCACCGCCAACGGGACGAUUUCCUUCACUGAGAUGGUCCAGGACAUGGGGGCUGGGCUGGCCGUGGUGCCCCUGAUGGGCCUGCUGGAGAGCAUCGCAGUGGCCAAAGCCUUCGCUUCUCAGAAUAACUACCGUGUCGACGCCAACCAGGAGCUGGUGGCCAUUGGCCUCACCAACACGCUGGGCUCCCUUGUCUCCUCCUACCCAGUCACGGGCAGCUUCGGACGGACGGCCGUGAACGCCCAGUCAGGCGUGUGCACCCCAGCGGGGGGGCUGGUGACAGGUGUGCUCGUGCUGCUGUCACUGGACUACCUGACCUCACUGUUCUACUACAUCCCCAAGUCCGCCCUGGCCGCCGUAAUCAUCAUGGCUGUGGCCCCCCUGUUUGACGCCAAGAUCUUCGGGACGCUCUGGCGUGUCAAGAGGCUGGACCUGUUGCCCCUCAGUGUGACCUUCCUGCUCUGCUUCUGGGAGGUGCAGUACGGAAUCCUGGCGGGGACUCUGGUGUCCGCACUGAUCCUCUUGCACUCCGUGGCCAGGCCCAGGACCCAGGUGUCUGAUGGGCCAGUCCUGAUUCUGCAGCCUGCCAGCGGCCUGCACUUCCCCGCAGUUGAGGCUCUCCGGGAGGCCAUGCUCAGCCGGGCUCUGGAAGCCUCGCCCCCGCGCAGCGUGGUUCUGGAGUGCACCCACGUCAGCAGCGUCGACUACACUGUGGUGCUGGGACUGGGGCAGCUGAUAGAGGACUUCCGCCGGCGGGGCGUCACCCUGGCCUUUGUCGGCCUGCAGGUGCCCGUGCUGCGUGUCCUGCUGUCUGCAGACCUGAAAGGGUUCCAGUAUUUCUCCACUGUCGAAGAAGCAGAGAAGCAGCUGAGGCAGGAACCCGGGACCCAGCCCUACAACAUCAGUGAAGACUCUGUUCCGGAACACAAGGUCGCCCUGUUGAAGGCUUAGCUGGGCGCCUGAUUGGUGCCUGGCAUUUGAGGUGUCUCCCGGAAGGGUCUUGUCACUGUGAUGUUGAUACUCCACUGCUGCCUGUUCAUACGCCCGCCUGAGGGACCCAAGGAAAGCCGGAGUCGCCGACCUGGGAGGGAGAAGGAACCCUGCGUUGAGGCCCCAGCUGGGAACCUUGGCUCCACUUGGGAUGAUGGAACAGUUCCUAGAGUGUCUUCUAGAAUAACGUGAGGGAGCAGGGAUUUCCAGGCUGGGCUAGGAGGGGCGUCCUCAGGCCCGGCCCACCUUCCCAGGCCCGAGUUCUCAGUUGGGUGGGGGCGGGAGGAGCCUGUGCUGAUGGUCACGGGCGUCUGGGAGGUGGCGUCUGGUCCAGAUGGCGAAGUCUGUUGAUAUUGGUGGGGAGAAAACCAAGGUGCGCCAAACGACUUCAAGUCUAUUUAAAGGUCAUUUUGUGUUUUGUGUUUUUAAAUUGAAAAAGUAAUGGCUUUUGGUGUUUUUGUAAAAAUCAUACUUAUUGUAAAAAACACAGGAAACCACCCUCCCCCAGUCCAUUUCGGUGAUCAUUCCAGACCCCCUUCCCACUCGAUACACGUAACAUGUGCGCUAGCAUGUGGAUCUGUUUACGGUGUCCCAUACGUGGAUCAGUCCACACGUGGCUCAUGGUGCUCUGUAACUCCGUUCCUGGCGUUCAGUGCUGUGAAGAUUUAUUGUGAUAAUAAACAUAGAA